AGAUGUUUGAUGCAUUCAAACACAAACGGUGUCCAUUGUCUUAAGAAGAAAUAGGUUUUGUUACUAAUAGUCCCAUGAAGCUUCAUAUUUCCUGGUUUACUUGAUCAAAUCGUACUUUUGGCUCAAGAAUCUUCACAUAUUUGUGAUUUGUACUGGGUCGUCCUUGUUGUGUUGUGCUCCUUUUGUGUCACUUAUUCGAUAUUAAGGGCAGGUGAGGGUCAUUAGUCAUGACAGCAUAUGCCACCAACAUACCUGCCAUAGAUCCCAGUUUAGGACAACUCGUUGAAUUACCAAUAGAUCAAGCUGGCGCAUACGUUAUCCAAGAUGCAAGUGGUGGUCAAAUCCAGUUAGGCAGUGUUCAGGGUGGAAAGAGUUUACUGAAACCCGAAUUAGCCCAACACUUAAGCCAGCAUACUGGUUACAAGUCGAAUGUUGGCAGAGGAGGCUUCACUUUGAGUAGUAAUGAUGCUCGUUGGGUUUCACUCAAUGCAAAUCGUGGAUCACGUAGCAUCACCAGGUUAGUUAUUUUUCCAAUAAUAUUUACAACGGUAAUAUAGCUUAACAAUGCUAAUGUUUAUAUAUUCAUCCAAUUCAUUAACUGUCCCGAACUCAAAUCCUCGCAAAUUCCUAAUUUCUUAACGUGAGAGUAUUCCGUAAUAAACGGUUGAGAUUGAAAGUCAGUGGAUGUUAGUUUAUAAAAUUUUAAAGUAAAUUAGUAUCUAUGUUAGUUCAUUAGAUCUUGCAUCCCACUAGUUCAUUCCUUGUGUUUCAUGAAAUUUAUGGUAAUAUCGAUGUUUCAUGUUCAAGCUUAAUUUAGAUUAGGUUAUUUGAAAAGAAUUAAGAACGAUGUAAGUUAUAUCCCUUUUGUUGUUGAGUUUCAAAUUUUCUAAUGAUUAAAAGACAAGACGAGAUUCUUUUACAGAAACGAGUGUUUCGCUUUUCCAGAUACUAGUAACUAAAUCGAAAUCGUGAUAAGUCAUUAAUUGUUUUUGCCGCGUUGGUAGAUUCAGACUACGUGGUUGAGAUCAGCGCGAUAACUGUGAUCAGUGUUUUGGAGACGUUGGGUUAUACUUUCUAGGACUGAUCGCAAAGCAUUCUUUUUUAGCAAGUUUCCGUUCUACGAAAUAGGUUUGCUAACCCCAUGUUCCGGCCUCCUUUGCCUGAGAUCGGGACCGGCAGCAACCCUUAAAACUAGGUGAAGUUCUUCAUACAGGCUCAGGUCCGUUCACUUUAUCUUCAUGUUAGUUAUGAUAUUCAAUAUUAUUUCGUGCUUUUUGCUACUUUAAUCUAUGUUCAAACUGUAUUCUCUGAUAUCUAGUCGUUCAGAUCACUACUAUUUCAAUUCUUCUGUAAUUCAUCCUGCUAAGUUCAUCUCGCCGUGAUGUUGUAUAAAAACUUAGGCUAACACAUAUCAGGUUCUGUUUUUUAUGGUUGAUUUUAAUAAAUUGAUUUCAGCAAUAUUAGAACAUUCAUAUGAUUAAAAUCUAACAUAAUGUGUUUCACGAAAAUAGUUCAGCAUCUUUCAAGUCUUUUGAAUGACGCUUUCACCACUGAAAAAUCCAGUUAAAUUCAAUAUGCCCAAGAAAACUUCAAGUGUUAUGUAUUCAGAUUUCAGUAAAGGAUAAUUCAUUUGUCAAUAUUUUCGGUGAACUCGACAUGUUUAACGAAUACCGUUCCAGUAGCUUGUAUUAUUUGUCAAAGUUGAUAGUGGAUAGAAAAAAUGGAGAAAUGAUCAGUUUAUAAAACGGUGCUAUGAAAUAAAUCAUAACGACAUAAAGCUGUUAGUCAUUUGGUAGACUCUGCAGACCGUGCAACUCUUAGUUACUUGAGAUGUUAUAAAUCCAUGGCUCAAAAUAUAAACUAGUGGUUAUCCGUUUAGUUUCUUACUGUAUUCCACCAUAUGGGUAAGAUGCUGUGUAACUGAAAUAAAUCUACCUUGAUUGAUUCUGUGGUCUUUUCCAUAUUUCGUUAGAUUGCUGUCAUUUUACUUUGUGUGACCCGUUCCUUGGUGGCUUUAUUCCACCAGAAUGUUUUACAAUUAUAACAAUAAAAGUUCACCUUGAGCAGAGAUAGAUGGUAGUUAUCAGAGGAACUCAGGACGCGCGUCCCGUCAUAUUCGGGACUCAUCAACUAGAUGUGGUUGGAUCUGUGAGUUGAUGUUCACUCGAACCCAGUAUCGUCCGCCUCAAAUGCCAUUACUUUAUCCACUUAGCCACUGAGUUCGGAUAGCCACUAGCUUGUGAAAUGGUGUGAGUUUUAAUUCAUAUAUAUUGGUUGUUUGUAUCUUCCCAUUAAUAUUUAGGACUGCAUUUGAUCCAAACAGCGAAUAUAUAUGAAUAAAAGUUCAUAUUUCAAGAUUAUAUUGUAUUGCCUUUCUCUGUAUGUAAUGUAUUCAUCAUUCGAUUCAUCACACUUAUAAUUAAAUACUGGUCCAUAUUCGUAGUAGUUCCAUGCUCAAUCAUAACUUCAUAAAAUUUAAAUCAUCAAAAAGUGUUUAAGUACUGCUAGUUCUACAUCACACGUAUUCUGGAUGCAUAUCGUUGGUAAACUCUUACUUCCAUGUGUUGUUCGAGUGAUAUCGACUUUCGGUAUUAAUUAUCCAUUAAGUUUAUCACUUGUUUUUCAUAUGGUUAUUAUUCCUCCUUUAAUAUUCGAUAAGUUGAUUAAAUUUUCUCAAUAAUUUUUUGCACUUUAUACCUUUCAUAGCCGUAAACCUCUAAAUGCAAGUGCUCCUGCAGCUCAAUCAGCUGGACUGCAAUCUACUGUACUGGCACCUGCAGCUUCAGGAUUACUAUCCUUGGGUACUCGUUAUACUCCGUCUUCGGCUACUGUAUUUGGUACGACAGGAGGAGGCUCGAUAUCUGGUGUUAAUCAAGGUGUAACUGGUGCAGGGGCAGCUACAAUGAUACCUUCGGGCACACCAUCCAGUAAUAUUGUUUCAGGCGGUGUUGGUGCAAUAGGCAGCAUGGGUGUGGAUCGAGACUCUGGUUAUCGUUUAGCCGCCGCAAUAGCUGGUACUAGUGGUCGAGGCCGCCCCCGAGGUCGAAGGCCUUUGAGGGGUCAGUUUCCUGUUGUUCCAAUUGAUAUGGUUCGACAAUUGGGCAUUGAACAACAAGUCAUUUUACAACCGGCGGCCCCAGUUGCCAUGCGCAACAAAGCUGUGUUAUGUCGACCAUUGUCCAUGUGUCGUAAAACUCAAGCGAAUGCAACAACAUACGAGAAUUUAUCCCAACAUGGUGUUGCUGUGCAAACGGAUAAUUCUCUAACUGCAACAGAAUCAAGUAACAAAAAUGAUAAAACAUCUCUUGGGAUUGAAAUGCAAACCCAGACUGUUGACACAAAACCAGUUGAGAGUGAUGAUGAUGAUGAUGAUGACGACGAUGAUGAUGAUAUGGUACCUGUAGGUGAAAUUGAAGAUGAUCAAAUAUUAAUGAAAUCUGACCAACCAAGUUUUAGUUGUGCUGAGACAUCAACUGCUGAUGACAUCGCUUUUGUCGAAUCUGGCACUCAAACAGAUUUAACCGAUGAAGAUGAAUUGAAAAAAAUGCCACUUGUACUACCCAUACCUAUCCCGGUUCCAAUCUAUGUACCUUUUCCAGUAUGUUUAUACGCAAGACCAGUGCCAUAUGCAAUCCCCUAUCCGUUACCAUGUCCAGUUCCCAUUCCACUUGUCUUCGAUGCUACUCCAGAAACUCCGCAUGUUGAAGACCAAGGACAACAAGUUGACUUAAGCACUGGUAGAGCACUCAUCGACUCUUCCGUUAAAUUCAAUGUACAUGAUUCAUCAGUAACGGUAGGAGAUAAUGAUAAUCAAGCUGAUACACAGGUUGGUGAUUUAGAACGUUCAACACAGUCGAUUGAUUAUCCAUGUACAUCAUCAAUGUCAAAUGACGAAGAAGGCGAUAUGGAGACAAUUGAAGAGCCUAGUGAUGCUCCUGGCAAAUCUCGGAAUGUAUCUAAUCUUAAACGUCCUGCUCCAGAAGAGUCAUCAUCUUCAGACUCGUGGGCUUCAGAGUCAACUGCCACACAACAAUCCAAUGAACAUAAUCCACCAUUUCACCAUCAUCAAUCGAUGACAUCGGUUGUGAGUCAUUCCAGUAGUGGGAGAGAGAUAGAUCAAUCGCUGCCACCGCCACCCCCAACUAAACGGUCUCGUCAAACUCUCACACCCAUACUUACAUCUGAUGCUAAUUACCAUUUGAAAUUCUCUUAUGGGAUCAAUGCAUGGCGUCACUGGGUGCAGCAAAAAUCAACUUCUUCAUCUACAGACAAACCUAGAUCUAAUGCAGCUGCAAUGCAACAAUAUUCACACUUAUAUGCUGAUUUAUUAAACAUGAGUGAUGCCGAUCUUAAUAUCGCAUUAAGUCAGUUUGUUCGUGAAGUUCGCAAACCAAAUAAUGAAUGUUAUGUGGCUGAUUCAAUUUUCUAUUUGUGUCUAGGUAUUCAAGAGUAUCUCAACGAAAAUGGUCGUACUGUAAACUUAUUUGGCGAUCCUGCGUUCACUAGUCUAUCUAGAGCUUUGAAUGAAAUAUUAGCCAAUUUCCAACCACGUAUUAGUCCUGAGGGACUUCUUAUCUGUCGUAUCGAAGAAGAACAUUUAUGGGAAGCAAAACAAUUAGGUUCACAAUCAGCUGAGAUUUUAUUAUUCACUAUGCUUUACUACAAUACCAAACAUAUUGGUUUACGACUUGGUACCGUUCAUCGACAAUUAUCAUUCUCACAAUUUCAAAUCUCUGAAACAGCUGUUCUUUGUCAUUUACCUGGUAAUAUGUUUGGUGAAUCAGAUGAUUCUAUCACUACAUUAAGUUUAGAUGCAAAUCCUCAAAAUCCACAACGAUGUCCUGUUAAACUUUACAAAGCAUACUUUGCCCGUUGUCCCCCAGAACUACUGGAUUCCGAUAGUGUGUUCUACUUGAAUCCACUAUACCCUCCACAAUCUGAUUUGUGGUUUUCAACCAAUCCCGUUCGACCAACUGAAUUGCAAGUGAUACUUAAUAGAAUUAAAAUGGUGAAAGAGAUUCAAGAAGCAUUUAUGAACAGUCAACCAGAUGGGGGCUUCUAAGCUCAUUUAUAUAUAACCGUAUUCUAUAUGUAUUUUGAUUAAAUUGUUUCUCUCAAACCAAUCUAUCAACGAUUCCCCACUAUUCUCCCUUUUCAUAUGACUAUAAAAUAGUGAACAUAUAUGCACAUUUGUCUGUCUUUUUUAAUCCUAUCGUUCUUUAUAUCAUUUUUGCCUCACUUUUUCACCUGUAUAAACUGAUUGUGGAAAUAAAUUUUCUACCAUGUGUUC